AACAUCCCACCGUUUCAAAAAACUUCCCCCUUUUUUGUUCUCUUCCGCCGAUCCUCCGCACCUUUUAAACCCCCUAAAAAACCUACAAACCCUAGAAACCAUCACCAUCUUCAAUCAAUGGCGGAGGAUCAGACGGCGAGCAGGCUGUUCCGAAUCCGGCGAACUGUGAUGGAGAUGCUCAGAGAUCGAGGGUACUUGGUUGUGGAUUACGAGGUAAAGAUGAGCAAAAAUGAGUUCUUGAACAAGUUCGGCGAGGGCGUGAAGCGAGAGGACCUCAUGAUCAGCAAAUCCAAGAAGAACGAUCCAACCGAUCAGAUCUACGUUUUCUUUCCUAAUGAUGACAAGGUUGGCAUGAAACACAUAAAGAAAUAUGUUGAGCUGAUGAAGUCGGACAAUGUUCCCAGAGCCAUUCUAGUUGUUCAGCAGAAUUUGACUCCAUUUGCAAAAGCACACCUUCAAGAGCUCUCUCCAAAGUUCCAUUUGGAAGUUUUCCUGGAGGCGGAACUGUUGGUUAAUAUUAAGGAACAUGUGCUCGUUCCUGAGCACCAAGUGCUGACAGCCGAGGAAAAGAAAACUCUGCUAGAGCGUUACACUCUAAAGGAAACCCAGCUCCCGCGAAUUCAAAUCACAGAUCCAGUUGCAAGGUACUAUGGGCUCAAGCGUGGACAGGUGGUGAAGAUCAUCAGGCCUAGUGAGACUGCUGGAAGAUAUGUUACCUAUCGCUAUGUCGUUUAAGUUCGCAACAAAAAUGCUGCUGCUCAGAGAUUUUCUCAUAAUGUUAUCUGUUCAAUAGCUUCUCUAGUCAGAGAAUCCGAGCAGUAGCCUUCACCCUUGUUUGCUGUCUGCUCAUAUUAACAUGAAGUGCUGUUACCAAAACAUUGCAGUGCUAUAAGUUAAAAACAAUGGGGCAGUGUGUAAUAAAGCAGGGUGUUAUGAGACCGUGGUUCUAAUGUAAGCGUGUUUGGUGUGGUUAAUUUGGUUUGCAUUAGAUUU